AGACAGCGUCCCCGUGUCGCCGAAAAAUGCAACAGGUGUCACAGAGCAGAGGACUGCCGUUUCAAAGACGAAAUUUGUCACAAAUGCAGUAGAAGGGGGGCACAUUCAAAGAGCAUGCAAAGCAAAAUUCAGUCACAAAAGGAAAACUGAGAAAAUUAAAGGGUCUGUGAAUGCACUAGCAGAGAACAGUGGCAGUGAUUCAGAUGAACGAUUAAUUGGUACAAUGGAGUUAAACACAGUGACUUCUCCCAGCAGUAGCAUAAUAUGGGUGGCACCAGAUAUCGAAGGCAAACCCCUCAAAAUGGAGCUGGACACAGGAUCUGCAGUGUCUAUAAUUUUCACUACCGUCUACAAUGAGCACUUCAAGGCUAUCAAGCUGAAGAACACAAAUGUGUUGGUGAAGACCUACUCAGGAGAGAGAUUGAGCCCAUUGGGGGCGUUGCAGGUCAGAGUGCGUUAUGGGGGGCAAACACAGCAGUUACAGCUGUAUGUGGUGCCUGGAACUGGCCCCCCAUUAUUUGGCAGGGAAUGGCUUUAAAAAAUAAAGCUGAACUGGUGUGACUUGAAUAUGCUCCACACGUUCCAGUCCAAAGAGAAUGGUACAGACCAAACACUGGAACACUUGCAGAAGAAAUACAACACAGUCUUCAGUGAUCAGAUGGGAACAGUAAAAGGCUUCACAGCAAAACUUGUACUAAGAGAUGACGCAACCCCGAAAUUCUGCAAAGCCAGAUCUGUUCCAUACUCCCUGAGACCAAAGGUGGAAGCGGAAAUCGAUCGCUUGCAGGAUACAGGGGUCCUGAUGAAAGUGGACAGAAGCGAAUGGGCCACACCCAUAGUUCCAAUUGUGAAGAAAGACGGGUCUGUUAGAAUGUGUGGGGACUUCAAGGUAACUGUGAAUUCAAUGUUGCAUGUGGACCAACACCCCCUACCACGUCUGGAUGACAUCUUUGCUGCACUAGCUGGUGGGAAACACUUCAGUAAAAUCGAUCUGAAACAGGCUCACCUGCAGCUACCGGUUGAAGAGAGCUCCAAACAGUACCUGACAAUAAACACACACAAAGGUCUAUACAGGUAUAACCGCCUGGUUUUUGGCAUUGCAUCAGCUCCAGCCAUUUGGCAACAAACUAUUGACCAGAUUUUGCAAGGAAUCCCAGGAUCCCAGUGUAUCCUGGAUGACAUGAUCACAACAGGACGCACCGAAAAAGAGCACCUGGCUAACCUGGAAGAGGUCCUGAAAAGACUGAAAGAGUAUGGUCUACAGGCAAACUUACAGAAGUGUGAGUUCUUCAAAGACAAGAUUGUCUUCUGUGGACAUGAAAUUGACUGCAUUGGAUUGCACAAAACACAGGACAAAAUCAAGGCAGUGGUACGACCACAAACGACCACAAAAUAUCACAGAAGUGAGAUCUUUCACGGGACUGAUCAAUUACUACAGAAGAUUCCUCCCAAACCUUUCAGCAGUACUCCAGCCUCUAAAUCAGCUCCUGGAAAAGAAUAGGACAUGGCAGUGGACAGAGCAGUGUGAAAAUGCAUUUCUGGAGGCAAAACGGCUCAUAACAUCUGAACAUGCCCUGAUGCAUCACGACCCUGAAA